AUGUAUCUCAAAUCCCUCCUCCUGACCACCCUCCUCACCACCUCCGUCUCGGCCUCCGCCUUCGCCAGCCCCGACGAAAUCGCCGACAUCAUCUCCGGCGCGGGUGACGCUGCCAAUACCGCCGUUGCCGGCGGCGAGUCAGUCGCCAACAACGUCCACGAGGCUGCCACGAGCAUCGCCUCGGAGGGCGCCGACGCCGCCUCCACUCUGACCUCCAAGGGUGCCGACGCCGUCGCCUCCGCCACCGCCAAGGGCGAAUCGAUCGCAUCCGACGCCUCCUCCAAGGGCGAGUCCUUCGCCUCGGACGCCUCCUCCAAGGGCGACUCUAUCGCGUCCGACGCUUCCUCCGUCGGGUCCGAAGCUUCCUCCCGCAUCCACGAAGUGACCACCACCGACAGCGACGGCAAGCCGACCACCUCCACGAGCGUGGGCCCCAAGGAGACCGGCGCCGAAGCCACCGAGUCGGCCUCGCCGUCCAACUCUGACUCCGCGGGAUCGACUCCCUCCGGCAGCGAGGCCGCCGGUAAUGCCCAGGCCACGGUCGGCUUGGGCGUCGCUGGUGUGGCCGGCCUGCUGGGUGUGAUGGCCGUGCUGUAA